GCACGGUAGCACACACGCCAGCACGCGCAGCCAGUCGUCCUCCAGAGGUGCAGCGGCAGCUAACGCUCCACAACACUGUUUCUAUAUAUGUGCUGUCACAGUGCAGACAGCGGUUGUAAACAUGGCGACGGACGGGAUGGUGCUCACCAACCACGACCAUCAGACCCGAGUGGGAAUUCUGACUGUGAGUGACAGUUGUUUCAAGAACUUGGCUGAGGACAGGAGUGGGGUCAACUUGAAGGACCUGGUCCAUGAUCCAUCACUUUUAGGUGGUGUUAUCGCAGCCUAUAAAAUCGUUCCAGAUGAGAUUGAUGAAAUCAAGGAAACUCUUUUGGAAUGGUGUGACGACCAGGAGGUUAAUCUCAUUCUCACUACUGGAGGAACCGGAUUUGCACCACGAGAUGUUACGCCAGAGGCCACCAGAGAAGUGAUUGAGAGAGAGGCUCCAGGCAUGGCUCUGGCAAUGCUGAUGGGAUCCCUUAACGUUACACCGCUAGGCAUGCUGUCCAGGCCAGUGUGCGGUAUUCGUGGUAAAACUCUGAUCAUCAACCUGCCAGGGAGCAAGAAGGGCUCUCAGGAGUGUUUUCAAUUCAUCCUUCCUGCACUGCCCCAUGCCAUUGACUUGCUGCGCGAAGCCUCGGUCAGGGUUAACUCCGUACAUGCCGCCCUUGAACAGCUCCCUUCUCCUUCUUCUCUGCUGGCCAACGCACACACCAACACGCAUGCCCACUCACACACCAUGGAGCGUGGCACCCAAUGCGAGGAGGAGGACGAUGAGGAGGAAGACAGGAGGAGAGGUCGACAUACACACCACCACCAUCACCAGCAUGGCUCCUCCCACAUCACCGCGGCUGCUAUAGCUGCAAAGACCAACCAUGCUGUGGUCAUGGCUAAGGGGGCCCCCUAUCUGCCUGGUAACACGGCUGCCCCUCCCACUCAUUUCACCUGCUCCUGUUCCCAUGACCAGCAGAUUCCAGACUCGAUCAUUUCUCGAGGUGUUCAGGUGCUUCCUCGAGAUUCUGCCUCUUUGAGCUCCACUCCUUCUGAAUCACCACGGGCAACACAGGCGACCUCCCGCCUUUCCACUGCAUCAUGCCCAACCCCUAAGGUCCAGUCCCGAUGUGGCAGUAAUGAGAACAUCCUGAGGGCCAGCCACAGUGCAGUAGACAUCAGCAAAGUGGCACGACGUCAUCGGAUGUCCCCAUUUCCACUGACAUCAAUGGACAAAGCCUUCAUCACUGUAUUAGAGAUGACUCCUAUUCUGGGAAUUGAAGUCAUUAACUACAGAGACGGAUUGGGUCGAGUGCUCGCUCAGGACAUCUAUGCCAAAGACAACCUUCCUCCAUUUCCUGCCUCAGUUAAAGAUGGCUAUGCUGUAAGAGCUGCUGAUGGCCCAGGAGAUCGCUUCAUCAUGGGAGAAUCACAGGCUGGACAACAGCCCACCCACACAGUGAUGCCAGGCCAAGUGAUGAGGGUGACAACCGGUGCUCCCAUUCCUUGUGGUGCUGAUGCGGUAGUCCAAGUGGAAGAUACAGAACUUUUGAGGGAGUCUGAAGAUGGCACCGAAGAGUUAGAAGUGAGGAUUAUGGUGCAGGCUCGGCCUGGACAGGACAUCAGGCCAAUAGGUCAUGACAUCAGACGAGGAGAGUGUGUGUUAGCUAAAGGAACACACAUGGGCCCAUCAGAGAUCGGUCUUCUGGCUACAGUGGGUGUGACUGAUGUCAGCGUGCACAAGUUCCCAGUGGUGGCUGUCAUGUCAACUGGAAAUGAGCUGUUGAAUCCAGAGGACGACCUCCACCCAGGGAAGAUCAGAGACUCCAACCGCUCGACUCUGCUCGCGACCAUCCAGGAACAUGGAUACCCCACCAUCAACCUGGGCAUUGUUGGAGACAACCCUGAUGACCUGCUCUCAGCUCUCCAUGAGGGAAUCAGUCGUGCCGAUGUCAUCAUCACCUCAGGGGGUGUGUCCAUGGGAGAGAAGGACUUCCUUAAGCAGGUGCUGGACAUUGACCUUCAUGCUCAGAUUCACUUUGGACGUGUGUUCAUGAAGCCAGGUCUUCCUACUACAUUUGCCACUGUUGACAUUGAUGGAGCACGGAAACUCAUCUUUGCUCUGCCAGGUAACCCAGUGUCUGCAGUGGUCACAUGUAAUCUCUUUGUGAUUCCUGCACUGAGGAAGAUGCAAGGCAUUCUGGACCCUAGACCCACAAUUAUUAAAGCGAGGCUUUCGUGUGAUGUCAAGCUGGAUCCUCGACCAGAGUACCAUCGCUGCAUUCUAACCUGGCAUCACCAGGAGCCACUGCCCUGGGCUCAAAGCACAGGUAACCAAGUGUCCAGCAGGCUAAUGUCAAUGCGUAGUGCCAACGGCCUGCUGAUGUUGCCUCCUAAAACAGAGCAGUAUGUGGAACUACACAAGGGAGAGGUUGUGGAUGUCAUGGUCAUCGGACGUCUAUGAUGCAGAUUGCAGUCACUCGAGACAAAUAAAUUGACGGUGCUGGGACUUACUGUCUGGACAGGAAAAAAUGGGCGGGGGCAUCUAUUAGCUAUGAUGUCAUAUGCAACAGCCAACUGGAGCCAGCAGAGACUGAAUCCUCAUAGGUCUGCAUUGAGAAGAUUAAAAAAAUGUGAAGAAAAAUAUAAAAAUGAGAUUUAUUCUGUAAUAUUAUAAAAUUCUCCUGAUUAUAAUAAUGAAUAUUUGUACUUCAUAUUAUUAUUAUUAUUAUUAUGGUUCUGAUUGAAUAUCAUCAUCAUUGUAGUAAUCCCAUUAUUGUCUCUCCAUUUCAUUUGCGUUGUGCGUUCAGCAUUUUUCCUUAGUAGAUAUAGAGAUAUAGAAUGACUUUUUCCUCUGCUUCUGCCACACACCCUAAAUCCUUUUACCUUUGUCUUCUUUAUUUCUGAUCUCUCUCUCUCCCCCCACCCCUCAUCAAAAUAUCUAGACCCUCUCAAAACCCCUUUUGUAGAAUCACAUCACAUCUCACUCUGCAUAGGACUUCCCCAGACUUCUUUUUGCCUACUCAAACAAUACAAACAGCAGCAAUGAUGCGUUGUAUUACACAAUAAAACUCAUGACUCGCUGAAAGCGGUGGAUCAUAAGCAAACUCUUACUCGAAUGACACCUGAAAACCAUAAACGGCAAAUACAGACCUUAAAAACAAAAUUAGAAAUUGACUGUGGUAGGUGGCUCAUACCUGGCUUAACUCAUGUAUGCAAGAGUGAUUCAGUCCAGGUCACCUGCUUGUAGCGUGUGGAAUAUUUUCCCACUAUAACCAAGAGGCCGGUGUAAGAAGGUGUGGAGUCAUGAACACAUUUACGAGGGACAAUCAUCAAUUAAUGAGCCCAAUAUACUAUAAUUUAACCGACUAAUAAUUAAUUUUUUUCUGAAAUUUUCAUAGUUUGUAGUCUUGUUGGAAGUUUUAUUAUUAUUAUUUUUUUUAAAGUUUAAUUUAAACCUGUCCGUUUCCUGUCAACCAUUUUGGAAAUUAUGUCAUUGUUUGAUGCCCAUAAGAAGCAGAGAGCUGUGAUUAAAUUUCUUGCUUUAGGGGGGGAACCACCAUUAAACAUUUUCAAAAGGUUGACAAAAUGUGUAUGGGGUUAGGGUUGUGUCAUCAAUGAUGACAUGACAGUGACGCCAUCAAUGGUGACUCUACCAUCUCUGACCAGUGCCUUAGCCCGAGCACUAUUUCCAGCAUUGAACACUGAAGAUGGUCUGCUGCUUCUUUGCUUCUCACGAUGGUGAUUUAAAGCAGGCUCUUCUAAGUUGACUUUGAUCCUGGACACUCAACUUUUGACUGUGCUGAAGCCUCUUGCAGCUUCCCCAUACACAUUCUGCAACCUUUUGAAAAUGUUUAGCGGUCGUUCCCCUUCCAAAGCAAGAAAUUCAAUCAUAGCUUUCUGCUUUUGACGGGCAUCCAGCAAUGACCUCAUUUCCAAAAUGACUGACAGGAAGAGGAAAGACUUAAACAUUUUUUUUUAAAUAAACAUCAAAGCAACUAUUUAAACUACAAACAGUGAAUAUAUCAGGGAAAACUGUUUAUUAAUAAUCCAUCCAUCCAUUUUCUGAGCCGCUUCUCCUCACUAGGGUCGCGGGCGUGCUGGAGCCUAUCCCAGCUGUCAUCGGGCAGGAGGCAGGGUACACCCUGAACUGGUUGCCAGCCAAUCGCAGGGCACAUAGAAACAAACAACCAUUUGCACUCACAGUCAUGCCUACGGGCAAUUUAGAGUCUCCAAUUAAUGCAUGUUUUUGGGAUGUGGGAGGAAACCGGAGUGCCCGGAGAAAACCCAUGCAGGCACGGGGAGAACAUGCAAACUCCACACAGGCGGGGCCGGGGAUUGAACCCGGGUCUAACCAGUCGACCACUGUGCCGCCGUUUAUUAAUAAUUAAAAUUAAAUUGGGCACAUUACUUUUUGACUGCCCCUCGAAGUUGCGUGAGAAAUACUACGUAUUAAGAGUUACUGUGCGGCGUUAUCCUUAAAAUAAAGGUGUGUUUACAUUACCUGAUAAAAUUCAUGAAUCUUUAAAUUUGGGAUCAUUACGUACAUGUUGGUUUACAAGAAUUUCUCUUCCUUGCUUUUCUGGUAUAUUGGUGGUUUUUUAUUUUUAUUUUUAAAAAUGUUUUUAUUUUGAUUGUUUUUAAAUCUCGUGGAUCAGAAUGUGCAAGUGACAAACAAUUAUGUCCUGUUAUAAAAUACCACUGCAACAUUUACAUUACGUUGUGCGAAAUGCAGGUUAUAGGAUUUCAAAGGACAAAAACUGAAUUAGUGUUUUUUUUGUCCCCUCCCCCCCUCUUUUUUUUAAUAUUUCACUUUAAAACGUAACUCUGUAGAGGUCAAAUGCUAGAAAGGUCCUUUUGACUUCAGAAGGAAACAUAUACAAGUAGAAAAAAGUGACUUGUUAUUGGAUGUUGCAUUAUACUUUUUUGAAAUUAGAGAUGUCAGAAAUGUAAAGAUAUUGCGCCCCUCUGUAUUUGGAGGAGUUGGUGCCUUGUUCAAAGACAAUGCAAUAGUAGACAAUAGCAUCUCUCCUGCAACAAUCAGUCCGCCUUAAAAGGAAUUCGAACCGUACAGCCCCCCGACGGCCAUCUUAUAAUAUAGAUCCAGUUUAUCUUUGUUUUUGGUUCAAAUCCUCUGCUUCAACUUGUUCAACAUUUUAAUUUAUUUUAGAAUUCACAUACACUUUCUGCAGAAAUUGCAUUCCCUAGUUCAGUGAUUCCCAACCUUUAUUGAGCCAAGGCACCCAUUUUACAUUUGAAAAGUCUUACGGCACACCACCAAACAAAAAUGUCACAAAACGUAUGAAUACUGAAAUAAUGAUCUUGUCUGAAUUUUCUCAAGAAUUGUGAAAUCUGUACCUGUUUAAUUGAACACAAAGCUGAUACUGUAUACUCAGAGAGGCAAUAACUUGUUCAGUUGCAUCAAUAGCAACAAGUGAAUACACAAGUUUGUGUCUUCUGCCUACCAAUUGAAGCGCAUUUACAGUGGGGAACAAAUAAAAAGAUGAGAGAGGUCUGUAGUUUUCAUCAAGGCACACUUCUACUGUGAGUGACAGAAUCUGAAAAAAAUCCAGGAAAUCACAUUGUAUGAUUUUUAAAUAGUUUGUAUAUUUUUCUGCUUUUCUUUUUGGCUUGUCCCGUUAGGGGUCGCCACAGCAUGUCAUACUUUUCCAUGUAAGCCUAUCUCCUGCAUCCUUCUCUCAAACAACAACUGGCAUCAUGUCUUCCCUCACGACAUCCAUCAACCUUCACUUUGGUCUUCCUCGAGCUCUUUUGCCUAGCAGCUUCAUCCUCAUCAUCCCUCGACCAAUAUACACUAUCUCUCCUCUGGAUGUGUCCAAACCAUUGAAGUCAGCUCCCUCUAACUUUGUCUCGAUCACAUCUAACCUUGGCUCUCCCUCUGAUGAGCUCAUUUCUAAUCCUAUCCAAUCUGGUCAGUCAUAGAGAGACCUCAACAUCUUAAUUUCUGCCACUUCCACCUCUGCUUCCUGUUGUCUCUUCAAUGCCACUGUCUGUAAUCCGUUCAUCAUGGCUGGCCCCAAUACUGUUUUAUAGUCUUUGCCCUUCAUCGUAGCAGAGACUCUUCUGUCACAUAACACACCUGACACCUUCCUCCACCAAUUCCAACCUGCCUGGACCCGUUUCUUCACUUCCUGACCACAGUCAGGACUGUUGACUGUUGUUCUGGACUGUUGACCCCAAAUAUCUAAAGUGGCCCACCUUCGUUAUCUCUUCUUCCUGUAGCCUCACUCUUCCCUCACCACCCCUCUCAUUCAUGCACAUAUAUUCUGUUUUACGGCUAAUCUUCAUUCCUCUCCUUUUCAGUGAAUGCCCUUCAACUUUCUAACAGUUCCUCCACCUGCUCCCUGCUUUAACUGCAGAUCACAAUGUCACGUGUGAACAUCAUGGUCCACGGGGAUUCUAGUCUAACUUCAUCUGUCAGCCACUGCAAACAGGAAUGAGCUCAGGGUUCAGAGCUCUCCCCUGAUGGAGUCCCACCUCCACCAUAAACUCCUCUGUCAGACCUACAGCACACCACACCAUUGUUCUGCUUCCCUCAUCCAUCCAUCCAUUUUCCUCCACUUAUCCAAGGGCAGGUCGCGGAGGCAGCAGCUAAAGCAGGGAACCCCAGACUCCCCUCUCCCCAGCUACUUCGUCCAGCUCGUGACCAUUAGUGAGGGUAGGAGCGUAGAUCGACCGGUAAAUUGAGGGCUUCGCCUUUCGGCAAAGCUCCCUCUUUAGCACGCCAGACCAAAACAGAGUCCGUAUCACUGCAGACGCUGCACCGGUCCACCUGUUGAUCUCCAGCCGCAUUCUUCCCCCACUCGUGAACAAGACCCCGAGAUACUUGAACUCCUCCACUUGGGGGUGGAUCUCCUCCUUGACCCGGAGAGGGCACUCCACCUUUUUCCGACUGAGGACCAUGGCCUCAGAUUUGGAAGUGGUAAUUUUCAUCCCUGCCACUUCACACUCGGCAGCGAACCACUCCAGCGAGAGUUGGGGAUCACAGCUUGAUGAAGCCAUCAGAACCACAUCUUCUCCAAAAAGCGGUUACUUGAUACUGACAUCAUCAAACCAAGCCCCUCAACACCCCGGCUCCACCUAGAAAUUCUGUCCAAAAAGGUAAUGAACAGAAUUGGUGAGAAAGGACAGCCUUGGCAGAGUCCAACUCUCACUGGAAACUCAGAUGUACUGCUAGCAAUACGGAUCACUGUGAACUCUGACGUCAGUUGUACAGGGACCAGACAGCCCGGAUCAGGGAGUCCGGUACCCCAUACUCCCGGAGCACCCCCCACAGGACUCUCUGAGGGGCACGGUCGAACACCUUCUCUCCAAGUCCACAAAACACAUGUAUAUUCUUUGGGCGAACUCCAAUGAACCCUCGAUGACCCUGCUGAGGGUGUAGAGCAGGUCCAUUGUUCUACGGCCAGGACGAAAACCACACUGCUCCUCUUGAAUCUGAGAUUUGACUUUCUGAUGAACCCUCCUCUCCAGAAACCCUGAAUAGACCUUACCAGGGAAGAUGAGGAGUGUGACACCCCCUAUAGUUGGAUCACAUCCUCCGGUCCCCCUUCUGAAAAAGGGGGACCACCACCCCGGUCUGCCAAUCCAUAGGCACUGUCCCAGAGGUCCACACAAUGUUGCAGAGGCGCGUCAACCAGGACAGCCCCACAAAAUCUAGAGGCUUUAGGAGAACAGGGUGGAUCUCAUCCACUCCUGGGGCCCUGCCACCAAGGAGCUUUUUAACCACCUUGGUGACCUCAACCCCAGAGAUAGAAGAACCCACUUCAGAGUCUCCAGACUCUGCUUCCUCAUGGGAAGGCGUGUCGGUGGAAUGGAGGUCUUCGAAGUAUUCGGCCCACCGAAUCACAACAUCCCAAAUUGAAGUCAGCAGUGCCCCGUUCCCACUAUACAUAGUGUUAACGGUGCACUGCUUUCCCCACCUGAGAUGCCAGAUGUUGGACCAGAAUUUCCUCGACGCCAUCCAGAAGUCGUUUUCCUUGGCCUAACCGAACCUGAGUUUUUGCCUCAGCGACCACCAAUGCUGCAUUUCACUUGGCCAGCCGAUAACCAUCAGGAGUCCCAAAAAGGCCCAGAGUGGACAAGAGUCCAACCCCUCUCAAGAGGACUGGUACCAGAGUCCAAACUGUGUGUGAAGGUGAGCCCGACUAUAUCUACUCAGAACUUCUCAACCUCACACACCAGCUCGGGCUCUUACCCUGCCAGAGAGAUGACAUUCCACGUCCCUAGACGCCCACCACCCAGCUCUCUACGCACCCAAUCCCCUUGUCUUCUCCCACAGGUGGUGAGCCCAUGGGAAGGGGGACCCACGUUGCCUCUUCGGGCUGUGUCCACACACGCCCCAUGGGUGCAGGCCCGGCCACCAGGCGCUCUCCUUCGAGCCCCACCUCCAAGCCUGGCUCCAGAGGGGGGGCCCUGGUGCCCUGCAUCCAGGCAAGGGAAAUUGAAGUCCAUUUAUGUUAUUCAUCAUAGGGAGUCAUUUGGGCUGUGGUUUGUCUGGUGCCUCACCUAGGACCUGUUUGCCAUGGGUGAACCUAACGGGCGUAAAGCCCCAGGCAGCUUAGCUCCUAGGAUGAUUGGGACACACAAACCCCUCCACCACGGUAAGGUGAUGGCUCACGGAGGGGGCCCUCAUACAUGUCCUGUACUAUUCUAAAAUACUUCUCUGCCACUCCAGACUUCUGCAUGCAGUACCACAGUUCCUCUCGAAGUACUCGGUCAUUGGCUUUCUCUAGCUCUACAUACACAAUGUAGCUCCUUCUGACAUUUUCUGUACUUCUCCAUCACACCCUCAAGGCAAAUAAUGCAUCUGUGAUACUCUUUCUUGGCAUGAAACCAUACCGUUGCUCGCAAAUACUCACUUCUGUCCUGAGUCUAGCCUCCACUACUCUUUCCCAUAACUUCAUAGUGUGGCUCAUCAACUUUAUUCCUCUAUAGUUCCCACAGCUCUGCACAUCACCCUUGUUCUUCAAAAUGGGUACCAGCACACUUUUCCUACAAUCCUCAGGCAUCUUCUCACCUACUAGAAUUGUGUUGAACAACCUGUUCAAAAACUCUACAGCCAUCUCUCCUAGAUACUUCCAUACCUCCAGAGGAAUGUCAUCGGGACCAACUGCCUUUCCAUUUUUAAUCCUCUUUAACACCUUUCUAACUCCCCCUUACUAAUCAUUGCCACUACCUGGUCCACCACACAUUCCUUUUCUACUCUUCCUUCUCGCUCAGUUUCCUCAUUCAUCAACUCCUCAAAAGUAUUCUUUCCAUCUGUCCAGCACACUACUGGCACCAGUCAACACAUUGCCAUCUCUAUCCUUAAUCACCCUAACCCGCCGCACAUCCUUCCCAUCUCUACCCCUCUGUCUGGCCAACCUGUAUAUAUCCUUUAGUCCUUCAGUGUCCAACCUGGCAAACAUGUCAUCAUAUGCCUCGUUUGCCCUCACCACCUCUACCUUCGCCCUACGUUGGAUCUCCAUGUACUCCUUUCUCCUCUGUGUCCCACUUCUUCUUAGCUAACCUCUUUCCUUGUAUGAUUACUUUGAGGUUCUACCACCAAGUCUCCUUUGCUCCUUUCCUGCCAGAAGAUACACCAAGUAGUCUCCUGCCUGCCUCUCUGAUCACCUUGGCUGUAGUGGUCCAGUCUUCUGGAAGCUUCUCCUGUCCACCAAGAGCUUGUCUCACCUCUUCUCGAAAAGCCACACAAUACGCUUCCUUUCUCAGCUUCCGCCACAUGGUUAUCUGCACUGUCUUUGUCUUCUUAAUCUUCUUCCCCACCAUCAGUCAUCUUACACACCACCAUCCAAUGCUGUCUAGCCACACUCUCCCCUACCACUACCUUACAGUCAGUAACCUCCUUCAAAUUACAUCGUCUGCACAAGAUAUAAUCAACCUGCAUGGUUUUACCGCCGCUCUUGUAGGUCACCCUAUGUACCUGCCUUUUCUGAAAGAAAGUGUUCACUCCAGCCAUUUCCAUCCUUUUUGCAGUCUACCACCAUCUGUCCAUCUAAGUUCGUUUCCUGGAUGACAAACUUACCCAUCACUUCUUCAUCACCAAUCAUGCCUUUCUCUGUAUGGGAUGCUCAGAACUACUUCGUCUGGCUCCUUCCAGAAUUUCUUUUUCACCUCUUGGUCACAUCCUACCUGUGGGGCAUACCCACUAAUUACAUUAUACAUAACACCGUCAAUUUCAAGUUUCAGCCUCAUCACUCAAUCCGACACUCUUUUCACCACCAAGACAUUCUUAGCUAACGCUUCCUUUAAAAAAUAAAUAAAUAAAUACCUUCUCCAUUUUUCUUCCCAGCUACAACAUGGAAAACUAAUUUGAACCCUGCUCCUAAACUUCUGGUUUUACUGCAUUUCUACCUGCUCUCCUGGACACACAAUAUAUCAAACUUUCUCCUAAUCAUCAUGUCAACCAACUCCUAAGCUUUUCCUGUCUUAGUCCCAACAUUCAAACUAUUCACAUUCAGUUCUAGGCUCUGCGCUUUCCUCUUUUCUUUCUGCCUAGGAACUCACUUUCCACCUCUCCUUCAUCUUUGACCCACAGUAACUGAAUUUCCACCGGCGCCCUGUAGGUUAAUGGCGCUGGUGGCGGACGUUGUUCAGCCGGGCCACGACCGAUCCGGUAUGGAAUUCUUUGGCUGAACACUCAUAUUUGUUUGGCAAAGUUUUAAGCCAGAUGCCCUUCCUGAAGCAACCCUCUGCAUUUAUACGGUCUUGAGGCCGGUCUACAGUUUGCACUGGCUUGUGCCCCCCAUAUGGCUGCAUUAACAAUUUAUUUGUAUAUUCUUCCUCAAAAUCAGUAUCUGGAUACCUAUCAACCAGCAAGAAUUCUGGCUCUCACAGACCUGUUACUUCAUUUUUAAGAAUCUCUUCUAUCCACCACGUUAUCUACAGGUAUAUUAAUGGUACCUGUUUUUACUCCACACCUGCAUAAAAGACACACACCCUCAAACAGUCAGUCUCCAACCUCUCCACCAUGGCCAAGACCAGAGAGCUGUCUCAGGACCAAAGGGCAGGUGCUUGAGCACCAUUUGGGGUCUAUAUUUGUACAAGCAGCUCAAAUCCUGCAGCUAACGAAAGGUCUGUCUGCUUAAGCCAGCACAUAUCCAGGUACAUCUAAAGUUUAUCAUUGACCGUCUGGAUGAUCUAGAGGAGAAUUGGGAGAAUGUCAUGUGGUCAGAUGACACCAAAAUAGAACUCUUUGGUAUAAACUCCACUAGCCUUGUUUGGAGCAAGACGAAUGAUGAGUGGCAUCCCAAGAACACCAUACCCACUGUGAAACAUGGAGGUGGAAACAUCAUGCUUUGGGGUUGAUUUUCUGCAAAGGGGACAGGACGACUGAUCCAUAUUAAGGAAAGGAUGAAUGGGCCGUGCGAUUGGUUGGCAACCAGUUCAGGGUGUACCCCGCCUCCUGCCCAACGAUACCUGGGAUAGGCUCCAGCAGUCCCGCGACCCCAGUGAGGAGAAGCGGCUCAGAAAAUGGAUGGAUGAAUGGGGCGAUGUAUCGUGAGAUUUUGGGCAAAAAUCUCCUUCCCUCCGUAAGAGCAUUGAAGAUGGAACGUGGCUGGGUCAUCCACCAUGACAAUGACCCCAAACACACAGCCUUGGCAACUAAGAAGUCUCCCUGUAAGAAGCAUUUCAAGAUCCUGCAAUGGUCUAGCCAGUCUCCAGACCUCAAGCCAAUAGAAAAUUUGUGGAUUUGAGUUGCAAGUCUGUGUUGGCCAGCGACAGUCCCAAAACAUGACAGAUGGCGAGAUCUGCAUGGAAAAGUAGUCCAAAAUACCUGCUACAAUGCGUGCAAACCUGAUCAAGAACUACAGCAAACGUUUUGACGUCGGUAAUUGCAAAUAUAAAGGUUUCAUUACAAAGUAUUGAAUUAAUCUUUUUGAUUGUCAAAAUAUUUAUUUCCCACAAUAUGCAAAUAAAUUCUUUAAAACUCAUACAAUGUGUUUUCCUGUAUUUGUUUCCCCCACAUUUGUCUCUCACAGUUGAAGUGUACCUAUGAUGAAAAUUACAGACCUCUCGUGUUUUUAAGUGGGACAACUCGCAGUUGGAGGCUUUCCAAAUACUCCCGCCCCCUCCACUGUAAUUGUUCUGCCUGUCACUACGUGUUGCUGGCAUAGACAUAUGGCCAAAGAUACUGUAUAUUUGGAAUUAAUAUUUCUCUGAAAAAUUAAAUGAAAUUUGAAAAUUCCCCGUGGCAAUCCUGAUGAUCUCUCAUUGCACCCCGGUUGGGAAUCACUGCUCUCGUUGUUAAUGUUUCCGCUGCCUCAGUGGAAAUUGACCUGGCAUCAGUUGAAUAUGAGGUGUCAAAAAUCAGGUGCUCAACUAUGACAGGCAUAUGAGUUACCGCAGCAUUCUUCAGGUGUAUUGAAAAGUUAAAAAAAGAAGAAAAGAUCUGAGCCUUUAACAAGUUUUCUCUUACUGUACUGUAUGCAGCCCAAGAAAUGUGAAAAAGUCAGAGUAAUAGUAUUUUAUCUGUUUCGUAUAUAUUUAAUAUCUAACUGAUUCUAACAUCACUUUAUAUACAAAGUAAACCAGUUUACUGCGAUGUUGUCAUAAAUAGAAACUGACUUUAAAAAAUUUGCCAAAUAACAACACUGUAAGCAAUCUGUUCCCACCCUUUGCCAUAACUUUGCUCCAAAUGUUGUUCUUGUCAAUGUGAUCAGUGCCAAACAAACCCAGUCAAACCAGUCAAAGGUAUAAUGCUGCAUUCUAAUCAUAUGAGAAAAGCACGUUUAUUGCAGUAAUACUUUUAAUAAAUAUAGUGACAACAGCAAGUCCACCUGUUGUUUUUAAUGAAAGGAUGCUGCUACUAAUUCUUUUGCUUCAGUUGUCCAAAGUUAGGAGCUGCAAGUUAUUUUUUUCCCAUAAAAAGUUCAUAUUGCCAUCUUCAUUUGUGACAUGAAUGCAGCACGAGCACUUGUCUCUGAACUUUGACCCUUCUCCUGUAGUCUUCACUCAUCCCCACCCGUAAUUCCUCAAACUUCGAUUCCUAUCUACCCUCCUAGCUCUUGUGAGCUCUUGAAAGGGGCGUGGCUUACUCUUUGGGCAGGUUGCCAUACAUGGACAGGAUUUUUUUCUAAUGUUAAUGCUUCAUUUGUGCUUGUUUAUUUUGGUUGUACUCUAUGUAUGAUGAUGUUGGGCGAUUCUUACUUACCCCUGUAGUGUGUAUGUCAGAAACUUCCCUAAUACCUCAAAUUAAUCGUAUUUAUAUUGCGGGCUCUUGCUGCGUUCAUGUCAUAGAUGGCAAAGUGGAGGAAGGUGAAUAGAAUGACAUCUCAUUUUAGCUUGUUCAAUAGUAGUGUGCUAUAAGUACGUAUAUGGUUAUACAUUAUAAUAAAAAGAACACUUAAAAGAUUUGCCACGUUUUGUGCAACUUAUACAGUAUUUACAAUAAAUCCAUUAUGACCUGAACACAGCAUAAGAGCUCUUCCAGGCACCUGCCCAAAGAGGCUGAAUCACACUGAGAGAUUCAUUGGAGUAAGAAGAAGCAGGUUAUUACUGCCGUUGUACUGAGUGAUUCUUAACACUGGACUGAAAUCAGUCUCACAUUGCACACACCAUAAACUAUGACCAGCACUUGAAGCAAUUACACAGCAUUCUACUAUUACUGUAUAAAAUAUAAUGUAAAUUUUUUUUUCUGUAAUGAUAUUAUUGAAACUGAAAAUGAAUUAAUAAAAUGAAUCCUGAUUAUUCUGUA